AUGGCCAAGGAUACAGAGGAGGGUCUUAGCUGUAUCCGAGCCAAGAUCUCCGUUGACGCCGAAACAAGACUUCGAGACCGAUGCAACCUCACCCUCACCACCGAACUGGCGACAAGUGGAAGACUUGUAACACGCAGUAUGAGUGGAUGCUCAAGACUGCCCAUGUGGGCUUUUGCUCGUACACAGUAUCAAACGUUAGUCACUCUCAACAGUCUCGUUUCUGUCAAAGGAAUUCAUGAUGGACUGUGUCGAAAUUAG